AUGUCUAUUUGGUCGCUUUUGGUGAGUGUGGGUUUGAUUUGCUGUAUUGGCAGCGUCCAUUCUCAAUCAUGCUUCUGGGAUUCUGACUGCGACGGUGGGAUUUGUUGUUUGAGAGGGAACUGGUUCAACAGAACGUGCAGUCCGAGGGGAGCCAGUUGUCCGUGUCAAUUUAACAGCGAUUGCAAGUCAGGGGAAAGAUGCAAUUGGUUAAGAGAUGUAUGCGAGAAGAGAAAUGUCCCUUCUUUUCCGACAUAUAAACCUUACACGUUCAACAUUCGGACAAUAACCCCACUCGAUGUUCCUACUUUCGAUCCUUUUCCUGAUUGCGUGCUUGACAGCGACUGCUUCGGAAGCAGGAAAUGUAAGUACGGACAGUGCAGACACUAUAGCAGUGGAACUAGUAGUAGAGGGUUGUUGAGUGGAGGUAAACUCAUGGGAAUCGUGUUAACUGCCAUAGUAGCGACGACAAUAUCCUGCAUUUAUUACGCGUGUAAAAGAAGCAGAAAACCACCAAAUCUGCCCUCGCGAAAUGUAAAUAUAAACGCACCACCAACAGGUGUAGAGGCAUCUAGAAGAAACGAUCAUGAAAUGCAAGCAGGGAAUGUUGGAACAAUUAACCUGCGAGCAAGCGAUCAUUCUGAAAGUACCAACUCAACUGUAGUGGUUGUUGAAGACGAAACCCCAUUGCCACCUGGUGCUCCCCCACCUUACAGCUCACUGCAAUUCGAGGCUCGACAAGGAAGUGAGAGUCUUUCAGAUCAAUCCCCACCAAGUUAUGACGAAGCCAUAAGAAAUUUGACUUCGACUUAG